GCUCAGCUGGGUCCUCGUUCUUCUGGUGUGGGUUGAAGCCGGAGGAGUGUGGUGGCGUCUCUGUUUGAUAAAUACGUUUAAUUUCAAAAUGUAUUACAAAAUCAGCGGAGUGACGGGGAAACUGACGGGAUCCACACCGGCCAGCGCCUACUUCCCCCAGGGGCUCAAACCUACCGUGCCCUCACAACCCACCCCAAUGAUCUUUGCCUUACCCACCAAGGUGGUGUCAGAAGCAGGACCUACAGCUGAGUAUAUGGGCGCUAACAAGGUCCCUGAGCUGCAAAAGAUCUUUCAGAAAGCUGAUGGUGUGCCAAUUCACUUGAAGCGUGGAGUCAUAGACCGGCUACUAUACAGGACUACGAUGGGCCUGACAAUUGGAGGAACCUUGUAUUGCCUUGUGGCCCUGUAUUUUGCUGCUCAGCCCAGAAAAGUCGAGUAACCUGAAUAACCUUCCACCUGGAGCAACAAAAAGGACCAUUUAAGACUGUAUUCCCAAAGACAGUUUGCAUAAUUGCUUUGUUUCUGCAAUAUUUUUUCACCUCCCGUUAACCCAUAAUUUAUAUGGCCCUCGAGGGUUUGCAAGUACAUCUUUUAGAAACAGGUGAAAUAAGAAGCAACAGCUAAGAUCAUCACAACUGUAAGAAUGAAUCAGUUCAGGGAACAUAGGGAUAAGAAAAUGGGGAUGUGUUAGUCAACAAACCACAGUGCUAGUUUGCUUGUGUACACAAGCGCUUGCAAUGACUACAGAGUGCAAUGUGAAAUAAAUGGGAACUGUGCCAGCAGUUUUCAUGUGUUCAAAAAAUUCUUGGACAGGUUUUCUGUUGUUUUGUUACCAAAGGCGUACACUUAUAACAUCCAAUUACGCAAUCUCUGUCUCACCGAAGAACAAAAUGUCCUUUUCAGAUGCUUCUAUGUUGACACGCUAUUUACAUGGCCAUAAAUCUGUAAUCGUGUGUAAUUUGACUGUGAAUGAGGUUCUUGUAACUUUUCUUCUUAAAAUAAAUAUAUUUUGAUCGUUUAAAAAAAAAAAAAAAAAGGAAUAGUUUGAGUGUAAGUAGUUCUCAUUUGAUCUGGAAGUUAUAACGCAGUAUAAUACAAUAUGGUACUGUUUACAAUUUAAUGCCAUUUUCACUCAAAAUAUGACUCCCCCUGUAGCCCCUCCUCCCCCUGCUAAUCACUCACUCACUGUGACAGAAACAGCUCCUUUCACUUUUCAGACCCCUUUAGCGACUUAAAAAAAAAUUAAAUUAAAAAAAAAAAAAAAAACACCUGGUGACAAAGCUAUAGAUUUUUUUUCUUCCCUCCUUUCCUCUUCUUGUGCAAACCUUGGCAACUUCCCGUAGAAGAGUGGGCAGUACUGCCCUGCGAGUCCCCCCAAGACCUGUCUCUCUCUCUCUCUCUCUCUCUCUCUGUGUGUGUGUGUGUGUGUGUGUGUGUUCAGAGAGAGGAGCAGCACAUUCAGUCGCUUCUACCUUUCUAUCUGAGUGAUUUUUACAUGUAAAUAUAGCUGAAAUCACAGCACAGCCAUUGUCUUUAAUGUAUGAUGAUUUUUCACUAUUUCAUACUCGUUCUGCUUUCUUGAAACAGAAAAUAUGUAAAUCAGAACUGCUUUGUCGGGAAUUCAGCUGUAUUAAAAUACUGUGAGAACAGAGUAGUGAAUGAAUACGUAAUGGAUAUGCUAAUUAGCACAUGACAUCAUCUAGUGACAUUUAGAGACUUUCCACUGAAAAUUGUUGGAACAGUGCUCCUGGCAGUCAUCUGGAGUAUACUGACGUUAUGGUGAAGAUGAAGCAAUACCUGGGAAAUGCAGAUUUAGUCCAGCAUGGCUGGAAAAGGCAAAAUAUUAAAAACUGGUUAUGUUUUAUUA